AAACAGGGACGUAUAUAUGUUUAAUACUGGUGUAAAUAAUAUAACUUCUGGCGCCAAAAUCUCUUGAUUACUUUUUUAUUUUCAAGAUAUUUCGCAUGCAUCCUUCAUUUAGUGUGGGGUAUUCAAUAAAAUGACAAAUAAGUGUUUACUGUAAGACUUAGAGUAAACUCUACACAAACAUGAUUCGAUAGAAAGCUGAUGUCAACAUGGCAUUAAAUAAGUACAUGCAUCCAAGAAACCUAUACAAAGACAAGGCACCAAACUUUAAAACACUUGCAGAGAAAUAUCCAGACUUUGCAAAAUGUGUUUUCAAAGACUUAAAGGGGAAAUGUCACCUGGACUACAAGAGCCCUACUUCUCUGAGACAGUUGGCCAUUGCUCUCCUUAAAGAGGACUUUGAUCUGGAGGUUGAGAUGCCACUUAAUAGGCUUAUUCCAACGAUUCCACUAAGACUAAACUAUAUUUUGUGGAUAGAAGAUAUUUUGAAGGACCUUACUGAUGUCAGAGGAAAAGGCAUAGAUAUAGGCACUGGUGCUACUUGUGUUUAUCCAUUACUUGGCUGUAAGAAAAAUAACUGGGAAUUUCUAGCAUCAGAAGUAGAUGAGACAAAUUUUACCAUCGCAGAGAAAAACAUUCAAAAGAACAAUAUGCAGGAAAAAAUUAAAGUCAAAAAAGUUUCAGGUAAAACAGCUCUUUUGGAACUGCUAGAGGGCAACUCUGAUGAGUUUGACUUCUGCAUGUGUAAUCCUCCAUUCUUUGCUGAUCACAUGGAUGCUCAGGCAAUUAUGUCCUCUCGGUCAGAUGAAAGACCGGAGCCUUCUUCCAUCAACACAGCUAGUGUGGGGGAGAGCAUCACAGAGGGAGGGGAGGCAGAGUUUAUCAAAAAAAUCAUUGUAGAGUCUGUAGAUCUUCAAGGGAGAAUUAAAAUUUUCACUAGUAUGAUUGGGAAAAAGACCAACAUACCUCUAGUGAAAAAGGAGCUCAGAGAUCAUAAGAUUCCAAAUUACCAAACAACAGAGUUUUGUCAGGGAAAGACCAUGCGGUGGGGGAUUGCCUGGACCUUUGACAUGAGUGUUAUAUUUCCUAGGUCAUUGUUUCAAGAAACAAAGAAAAGCAGGAAGCUGUCCUUGCCCCUGACCUUUGAAGUUCCACAGUCUGCGGUCUCUGUGUAUGAUGUGGACCAUGUGGCUAACAAAGUGAUGGAGAUGCUUAAAGUUCUACAGAUUGAGAAUUUAAAGUCCGUUGACAGCAAAACAAAAACUGUUCAUUUAAAGCUAACAGCUUUUAAGAACACUUGGUCACAUCAACGGCGAAAACGUCGUGAAAUGAAGCGGCGUGGGGAGGAGCAGACAUCCGAGGGUACAGAGGUGAAAAAACUGAAGGUCACAGAGAAUUUCACAGAAAGAGAAAAGUCUGACAAGCAACUGGAAAAUUCUUGUGAAAAAUGCCAGGAAAGUCCAUGUAAUCAAGGUGAAAGGGAAGUAACAUCUGUCUCAGAUUUUAAUGAUGAUCAGACAUUCAAAGGAAAGAAAAUUGAAGAGAAAGUCAAUAAAUCUGGAGAUGGUGAGAAGGCAGCUAACCAAGGAGCAUCAUCUUCAAAAGACAACGUGGUGCCAUGUGUGACCGGUGACUCUCUGUCUGAAGAAGACAAGGACCAGUUCCUUGUUAAGUGUGACAUGUUUAUUAAAAUAGCAGCAGAUUCCAUCAGUUUGGAAAUGGUGUAUAGGGAGGGGCAGAAAGACCAGAUGCAUCAAAUUCUGCAAUACUUAAAGAAUCACAUCACUGAUUAAUUGUUGCACGUUAUCAUAAUUAUAGAAAAUAAAUGUGAAUGGUUUGAGAAUAGUUCUGUUUAUUGGUUCUUGGUUCAAGAUAGUUAUGUUCUUUCUAAGAUUCAUUUCUACAAAUACAUGUAUCUACUACCAGAAAUGUUUUUUACUUGUGAUAAAGUGUCUAAAUCAUAUUUGGGAAAAUGAUGUUUAGGGUUGGUAUUAAAAAACAAGAUUCCCUAUAAUUCUUAAUAAAGAAUUUGCAGUCUUCAUAUGUUAUUACACACAUGGAUUGCAAAUUGGAGCAAAGUAUUAGAUAGAAUUUGAAUUCAUUUGAUGAGUUAGAUGUCAUUUAGAUGUAUACAACCAUCUCAAAGGUCCCUCCUUUUAGUGAAGAGCAUUUCAUUUCAAAACUUUUAGGGCCCGUUCAGCAAGUGCCCUUUAGUGAUCUUGGUCUGUUCGCCCGAGAUUAUGUCCAGAGAAUAUUUUCUCUCUCCUUGCCCCAGUCUGGCUCAUAAUUCACCCAGAGAGUGCCUUGGGUAAAUGGGUGUGCAGUGAUCUUGAAACAAGUUUCUAGGUCUUAGGUAAAGGUCAUAACAAUAUCAUAUGGAAUAUCCUUGUGCAAAUCAUAUACAUGUACCUGUAUUCUCACCCCUUGGUCCAAUCUGGCUUAUAAUUCGAACACAGGGUGCCUAUGGUUAAAGGGUGUGCACUGAUCUUUAAUGAAGUUUGUAGAUCAAGGGCCAAGUUCAUAUCAGACAACACAAAACAAAUUUUUUUUCAGAACAUAUCUUCUCUCCCCUUAGCCCUAUCAGGCUCAAACUUCACAUAAAUGGAGCUUUUCAGUAAAGGUUGUGACCUUGAACCAAGUAUCAAAGCCAAAUGUGAAGGUCAUAGCUGACCUCUUUAAAAUCCAGUUUUAAACCAUAAUUAAAUUAUUACCCAAAGACUUAAUCUUGUUCAGAACAAAACCAAACGAAAACCUUUAGGUAAGGGUAAUGAGCUUGAAUUAAAGUUCAAUGCC